UUCGGUCUUUCCCUUUUUGCUCUAUCUCGAUUCUCGCUCCGACGCUUCCAGAGUAUUCCCAACUCCGCCUGUCCGGACGGUCAAAAUUACCAAUUUAGCUUGUCUCUCUCUCCACGCUUCGACAUUCUUCACGCUCCGCCUGUCCAGACAGUGAAGGAUAUGGCAGCACAUAAGAUUGCUCACGCAACCUUGAAAGGACCAAGUGUUGUGAAGGAGAUCCUUAUUGGUCUCUCCCUCGGCCUUAUGGCAGGUGGACUCUGGAAGAUGCAUCACUGGAACGAGCAGAGGAAAACUAGAGCAUUCUAUGACAUGCUGGAGAAGGGCACCAUCAGUGUUGUGGUAGAUGAAUAAACCUGUUAAAAUAUGAAACCUUGUUUUUCCAAGAAAUAAUUGCUGGUAUUCAGCCAUGCUGUUUUUGACAUGCAUUCAUAUUUGUUUGUGAGGUACAGUAACUCAAUACUCCACAUGUGAGAACAAAACUGAUGAAGCUUGAUUUAUUCACAUAUUCCUGCAACGUGCUUGCUACCA